UCUAUCUCGUUUGGCCUUCGGAAAUCGUUAGUCGUACUCAUCAAAUCCGCGUCGCCCUCCCACAGUACCAGGUGUUCAAGCCGUUACGAAAUGUUCUGACAAAAAAAAAAAAAAAAAAAAGGAGAGAGAGAGAGAGGUACAAGAAGAAAAAGAUGGAGCAAACGGAAGCGAUUGACACAGAUAUAAGUCUGAAAAAAUAAAAAAUCUUCAACUAGCUUAGUUGGGCAAAGACGAAACCCUUAAGGGGCCGAUAAGAAUCAAUUCAACUUGAUUGGGUUCUCGUUCUCCAGACAUUAUAAAUAGGCUGUGAGAAAUCUUCAUAGAUUUUGUUGAAAGUUCCUGGUUCAAAAAGAAGAAGAAGAGGAGGAGGGGGAAGCGGAGAUGAAGUUCUGUAAGAGGUACCAGGAAUACAUGCGAGGGCAGGAGAAACAAUUACCUGGGGUUGAAUUCAAGAUGCUCAAGAAGAUUUUGAAGAAAUGCAGAAGAGAUUUUCAGUUACAACAAGGCAGCGAUGGGGAACAUGAUGUCUCGACAUGUCCCCAACAAUGCCCAGUUUGCGAUGGGACCUUCUUUCCCUCCCUUCUGAAGGAGAUGUCUGAAAUCUUGGGUUGUUUUAAUGAGCGUGCACAGAAGUUGCUUGAUCUACAUCUAGCUUCAGGCUUCAGAAAGUACCUUAUGUGGUUUAAAGGCCAAAGACAAGGUAACCAUGGUACUUUGAUUCAAGAAGGGAAGGACCUGGUUACCUAUGCAAUUAUCAAUACCAUUGCCAUCAGAAAAAUCCUAAAGAAAUAUGACAAGAUCCAUUACUCAAAGCAAGGGCAGGCCUUCAAAUCACAAGCUCAAAGCAUGCAUAUUGAGAUCCUUCAGUCUCCGUGGCUCUGUGAGUUAAUGGCCUUCCACAUUAACUUAAGGGAAAACAAGACCAAGUCCCAGGCAGUCAAAGGGUUGUUUGAAGGCUGCUCCCUCACGUUCAAUGAUGGCAAACCAUCACUAUCAUGUGCUCUAUUUGAUUCUGUGAACCUUGAUAUUGAUCUGAGUUGUUCUAUAUGCUUGGACACAGUUUUUGAUCCAGUAUCUCUAACUUGCGGCCAUAUCUUCUGUUACAUGUGCGCUUGCUCCGCUGCAUCAGUGACUAUAGUAGAUGGAUUAAAGGCAGCGGAUGGUAAAGCUAAAUGUCCACUAUGUCGAGAGGCAGGAGUAUUUGAGGGUGCUGUACAUUUGGAGGAGCUUAACAUUCUAUUAGGUCGAAGCUGCCCUGAGUAUUGGAAGGAACGUCUUCAGACAGAACGACUGGAGCGAAUUCAGCAAACAAAGGAGCACUGGGAAUCCCAGUGUAGAGCUUUCAUGGGGGUCUAAUAGAAAUCCAAAAAAUGUCAAAUUCAGCUUCAUUUAGACCUCUUAGCAAAAAGAAUCAGAUUAGUUUCCUCAGUUUCAUUGAUGAUUUAUUCAGGUUUUUUUUUUCUUAGUCUUCGUAGCCUCAUGGCAUUGUAUCUUGGUACGUGCCAUAGCCAAGUGUCUUGUACAUAUCUUUUAUGUUCUGUAUUCUUGAUGUAAUUAAGGAAAAACUGCACCAUGUGAA